GUCCGGACAGGUACCGCGAGCGGCGAUAGUGGACGGACAGUUAUCACGCGGGGUUCUGGACUACUCCGUAUUGACAUGGACUGUAACUUAGCUGUCGCCACGAGACGUUGCGCGUGCAUAGGAGCAAAUUAUCCAGUUUUAUUCAGCAGCUAGAGAGCUGUGUGUUGGGUCAUGUUGUGUGCGUUCAACACGUUGCAUGAGAGCGACGCUGGAACAGGUCACUGGUUCACCCCAUCCAUAAUUUAGGAUGACGCCUCCCGGUCAAAGCUGCUCGCUCUCCUCCCUCGCUCCUCACCCGGUCUCCAGAGUUCAAACGCUUCGUCAGCAAACUGAGCGCUCCUGAGCACUCGCCCUGAUCCCUCCUCCCCUGUUUGGCUUCCUGGCAGACGUCCCGGGGAGGUGAUGCGACGGUUCGUCUACUGUAAGGUGGUGCUGACCACCUCUUUAGUGUGGGUGCUAGUAGACGUGUUCCUGCUGCUCUACUUCAGCGAAUGUAACAAAUGUGAUGAGAGGAAGGACCGCUCGCUGCUCCCCGCGCUCCGAGCAGUGAUAUCCCGAAGCCACGAGGGUCCGGGGGAGAUGGGCAAAGCGGUGAAUAUCCCCAAAGACGACCAGGAGAAAAUGAAGGAGCUCUUUAAGAUCAACCAGUUCAACCUGAUGGCCAGCGACAUGAUCGCGCUUAACAGGAGCCUGCCGGAUGUGCGGUUAGAUGGCUGUAAGACCAAAGUGUACCCGGACGACCUGCCAAACACCAGUAUUGUCAUCGUGUUUCACAACGAGGCUUGGAGCACCCUGCUGCGGACAGUUCACAGUGUCAUCAACCGCUCUCCCAGACACCUGCUCACAGAGAUCAUACUGGUGGACGACGCCAGUGAGCGAGACUUCCUGAAAAAGAAGCUGGAGAACUAUGUGCGGACUCUGGAUGUACCUGUGAGGAUCCUGAGGAUGGAGCAGCGUUCAGGUCUCAUCAGGGCUAGAUUGAGGGGGGCAGCCGCCACCAAAGGCCAGGUCAUCACCUUCCUGGACGCUCACUGUGAGUGCACGGUGGGCUGGCUGGAGCCCCUGCUGGCACGCAUCAAAGAGGACAGGACGGCCGUGGUGUGCCCUAUCAUCGAUGUCAUCAGUGACGAGACGUUUGAAUACAUGGCAGGCUCAGAUAUGACCUACGGAGGAUUUAACUGGAAGCUGAACUUCCGCUGGUACCCAGUUCCCCAGAGGGAGAUGGAUCGACGCAAAGGAGACAGAACACUUCCUGUUAGGACCCCCACCAUGGCAGGAGGAUUGUUCUCUAUAGACAAAACCUACUUCGAAGAAAUAGGAAGCUACGACCCUGGGAUGGACAUCUGGGGUGGAGAGAACCUGGAAAUGUCUUUCAGAAUCUGGCAGUGUGGAGGCUCUUUGGAAAUUGUAACAUGUUCACACGUGGGCCAUGUUUUCCGGAAAGCCACCCCGUACAGCUUCCCUGGAGGGACAGGCCAAGUCAUCAACAAGAACAACAGGCGGCUGGCAGAAGUGUGGAUGGACGAUUUCAAAGAAUUUUUCUACAUCAUUUCUCCAGGUGUGAUGCGGGUGGACUACGGAGACGUUUCCUCUCGCAGAGCCCUCCGCGAAGCCUUGCACUGCAAACCGUUCUCCUGGUAUCUUGAGAAUGUCUACCCAGACUCCCAGAUCCCGAGACGAUACUACUCACUUGGUGAAAUUAGAAAUGUGGAGACAAACCAGUGUGUGGACAACAUGGGGAGAAAGGAGAAUGAGAAAGUCGGCUUCUUCAACUGUCAUGGCAUGGGGGGAAACCAGGUCUUCUCAUACACCGCCGAUAAAGAAAUCAGGACAGACGACCUCUGUCUGGACGUCUCCCGCCUCAACGGGCCCGUCGUCAUGCUCAAGUGUCACCACAUGAAGGGCAAUCAGAUGUUCGAGUAUGAUGCUGAGCGACUCACCCUGCUGCAUGUGAACAGCAACCAGUGUUUGGACAUGCCAUCCGAGGAGGACAAGAUGGCCCCCACCCUGAGAGACUGCAACAACAGCCGCUCUCAGCAGUGGCUGCUCCGUAACAUGACUCUUAGCAUCUGAUCUCCCACCUCUCUGCCCCCUCAACCCCCAUCCACCCUUCUGUCCUCAUCCUAACCAGUCCUGGCUCUCCAAACCCUGAACAGGUGGCUCUUAACCACGCACAUCAUCCGCCUCUUUCUGCAACAGCGAACGCAGAGAUCCAGGGAGCGGCGGCUUACCUUCCACUCUGGAGGCGGCUCCUUUUACAGGUUUGCGAGAGGCUGCACCUGCCUGUCGUGAGACGUGGCAAGCCUUGGAUUCAGGGACCUCCCGGUGUGUGAGGUCUGUGCAUGGAGAACAAAGAAAUCAAAGCAACUUGCACUGUGUCGGCCAGCUGCUAACUGUGCAUCCACCAUGCUGCUCAGGCUGCUGCUUAACUGCUGGACAAACAAACAGAGGAGCAUUGCUAAGAAGGCAUGUUACUGAUGCUCUGCACUGUAAAGACUUACUCCUGCUGUGUACAUGCAGUGCAUUAGAGUCCAUGUAAUUACGGGACUUUUUCCAUAAUAGAUGCUGCUCAUUCUCUUUUCAUAUCAGUGUCUAAGUUACAUUCAGAUAACAGGGAAGGGAUUUAGAGCCCAACCAAUACAGAGUUUGAAUAUAAACAUAGUCUUUUUGGGCUAAUAUCUCCUUUUAAGGUCAAAUUGAAAUUUAAUUCAAUCAUUUCAAUUCAAAAACUACAAACUUUGAUGGUACUGCAGCUACUACCUCCUCAAUGGGAAAUCCCAACCCAAAUUCCCAACAUUUAUUUUAUGAAAAUGUCUUAUUUUAGACCUAAAAUGGAACAAAUAUGCAACUGAAUGAGGAGACAAGAUUCAAGUAUGUUUAAAAAGUGCAGCAUCAUUGCAGAACCCCUUGGAUGACAUGCAUUCAUGCAUUCGAUCUGCACUGUUUCCUGUGAUUACUUGUACAUUUUGGUUGUUUUCUAGAGAUCUAAUGGGAUUCAAGCAUUGUCAUGAGAAAAUCAGCCUUGUUAUUCAAAGAUAAAUGAGAAGAAAAUCUUAAGAAAAAGAACUAAAAUGUAUUUGUUACUACAGAAAACCAGAGUAAAACUGUCUUGUGGUAGAAAGUCUUAUGUUGCGGCCUGAUGCUAUAGAGCAGUGAUAUUUAA